UUUUUCAAGUGAUAUGGCUGCGCUGUGCUCUCGUGUGUGCGUGAUUAUGUUGACCAGACCCCAGUGGAGAUGUGGCUGAGGGUACUGGAUACACUGUUAGCGACGUAGGAGGAGCAGUGCCGCCGGCGGGAUACUUCCUGUCUGUGGAACGCAGAUGCGUUCCAAGCUCCGCCAGUCACACGCUCUCCAAGACAGAAAACAGAACUGCAGGGGGCAGCGCACUGCAAGCGUAUUUACUACUGUCGGACGGUUGUCCUCAGUCCUACCCAGCAGCACAAGCCCAGGAAGCGCUUUGUGAUUGUGUAAGAGCCGGAUGGCACAAAUGGCAGCAGCAGCAGUGUUGUUGCUGUCACACAGACAUAUGGCAACAGGGUAGUAGACGCAUUAGUCAACAGUUCUGUAACCCCGGCAGAUAAUAAGCGCUGAUUAUGGCUGUACAGUGUAUUUGAACGUCGUGAGGUGGAUCAUGGUAUAGAACGUCCCAAGCAGGGCAGAAUGGAGAAAAGACUGCAAGUUGGUAGGAGGACUGGCAGCUGGAAUUGCCUUAUACUACUUAUAAUCCUGCUCCUUUUCACAGUGGUGUUCAUCAACUUGCUGCUGUAUGUUUAUCUCGAAAAUCUCUAUGUGUCAACUAGUUACAGUCCUGCAGAUCCCAGUGCUUGCCCUCAAGGGUACUUCAAGAUUGGAACCAUGAAAAACUGCUCUGCUUGGCUUUCUUGUGAGGCCAUCAAAAAGGAGGUCCGCAAAUUAAAGCUUGUGGACGAAGGAGCAGUAAAAAAGGUAUUCUUGUCCGAGUGGAAAGAGAUGAAAGUGGCCCUUUCUCAGCUUACAGUACCAGCUCUACAGGAUGACUUUGUUCAUGGCUUGCGAAUGCUACAAUCCCUACAGAGCAGACAUGUAGUUACCCUUGUGGGUUAUUGCAAAGCGGAUAACUCCAUUCUAACAGAGUAUCAUCCUCUGGGCUCUUUGAAAAACUUGGAUAAAACAUUCAACCUUCCCAAAUACCAGACUUUAAAUACUUGGGAAAACCGACUUGGUCUUGCAAUAGACUAUGUGAGUAUUAUCCGUUAUCUGCACAAUAGUCCACUUGGAGUACUUGUCAUGUGUGACUCCAAUGAUCUGGAAAAGGUGCUAUCUCAGUACCUUCUAACCAGUGACUUCCACAUAGUGGCCAAUGAUUUAGAUGCUUUGCCUUUGGUGGACAGAGAGAAAGAUGCUUUGAUCAAAUGUGGCCCGAGAGAAAUUGUCGGGAAUUUUAUUGCUCCUGAACAGCUGUGGCCCUUUGGGCCAAAUACUGAGUUUACUAAUGAUCUCAUGCCGUCAUAUGAUGAGAAAACUGAUAUCUGGAAGAUCCCUGCAGUAACUGAUUAUCUUUUGGGCCAUGUGGAGGGGAGUGAUAUCAUCAGAUUCCACUUGUUUGACAUUCAUACAGAGUGUGGGAAAAAGAACCCGGCAGAGAGACCAUCUGCACAGACCAUCCUGGACAGAUACAGGAGAGUUCUUACUUUGCUGAUGAAGGAGAUGGCUUUAUCCAAUACUAGAGAAAUGCUAUGAAAUGACAAUGCACAUAGUACAUAUGAGUUGGCUAUGUUUGUUUUGUGUACCAGUGUUUCUUCAGUUCUUUCUCUAUUAUUCCACCUUUUUAGAAGCCUUGCUCUUUUUAUUUAAUGGUGUUCAGCAGAGAAUAUGAAGCAAGCUGCUGGUUGUGAUACCACUAACUGUUGCAUAGGACGACCCAUAUAUCAGUUGGGCGAAUCCACGAUGGCUGAUCUGAUUUUCCAAUCAACAAUCCGAUUUGCCAAUGAUCUUCAAAAUACAACAUAUUCAAAAUCCCCAACUUGCCGAUUCAGACGAUUUUUGGGUUGGAAUCGGCUACUUGAGAUUUUCCGACAUGUUAGAUUUUGGCAAUUUUUAAGGACAAUCCUCAUCACCAAGCAGGAUUUUGCCAAUUGAUUGUAGGUGGAUGGGCUACAUUAUGCUUGGUGUCCAAUCAUCAAUUAACUUGAAAUAAGAUGCACCUUUAAGUGGGCAUGUACAAGCCGAUGAGAUAAAGUUGUUAUAAGGUGUGGUUGUUGCAUUCUGAUUCUUAUACUGUAUAUUUAGUACUAAAUUAGAACAGAUCAAGGGAGAAAAGUGUGUGCAGGGACAGUCAGAGAGAACAUUCAGGAAAGAAGUGUGAAAUACAUCAGUUUUUCAAUCGUGUGAAAGAGUAGGCAUCAAACAUGUUAAUGCUGCCCGACCUGAGGCCAAAUAACAGAUGUGAGGCUUAGCAAGAAUUCUUUGUAUUUAAAUGAUUGGUGUCUACAAUAUAGCAGCUGUACUCUUUCCCGAAGCGGGUUCUAGACCACACAGUCAUUUUAUAAGUGUUUACAUUACAGGUUCUCAAACUCUGCUCUCAGGACCCCAAACAGUUCAUGUUUUCCAGGUCUCCUCACAGAAUUACAAGUGAAAUACUUAGCUCCAGCUGUGGAUGUUUUAAAAUGUGUAAGUGAGUAAUGAAUACACCAUGGCACCUACUGUAUAACCUGCAAAACAUGAACUGUGUGGGGUCUGGUUUAUAUUAAUGCAGUUUGCACCUUCUGUAUAGGCACAUCAGGUGUAGCCUGCUGCCAUUUUGUAUCUGUUAAAUCAAGUCCCUCAAAUAAUAAAAAUAUGAAUAUUCAAAAACUACAAA